ACCUCACUUUUGAAUCUGAUGCAACUAUUUCUAUACGAACCGGAACAAUGACAACCAAAAUAAAGCUGAAUGUAAUAGCGGCUGCAGAUGAAAAUAUGGGGAUUGGAAAGAAUGGCGUUCUACCUUGGCAUAUACCUUCAGAAUUUGAAUAUUUUCUAAAUAUGACAUCAAAACCUAGACCAGGUCCCCAAGGCGAAGGUAGACGCAACGCUAUCAUAGUGGGACGCAAAACUUGGGACACAAUGGGACAAGUUACCACAAGACCUUUUCCCAAUGCACUGAACAUUGUGCUGAGUCGAGAAUCCAAGGAUAACAUUUCUGGGACCAAUCAUGAGUCAGUGAUGGUGUGUCAAUCAUUGCCUGAAGCUGUAGAGGAGUUGGAGAAGAUAGAUGAUAUUGAUGAGGUAUGGGUUCUGGGAGGCACCCAAAUCUACGCGCUCUCAUUGGCUAGUCCAUCUUUCCACCGGCUUUUCCUCACCAAGGUCACAGGCCACUUCGAAUGUGACUCACACUUUCCUCCGUUGCCUAGCAACCUAGUUGCCAUCACCGCCGCCAAAGUGCAAGAUCAAAGGGUCCCCAUGGGGGUACAGGUUGACGAGAAAUCUGGCCACAGUUUCCAAGUGGUUGUUUAUGAGAGACAAUAAUUAUAAUAUUUUUAAUUAAAAACUUACUCAUGAGUACUGAAUAAACCUGGGAUUUGCAAACAACUGUUACAAAAGAGAUAAUAUAUGAGAGCUGUGAUAAUGAGAAAAUAAUUCCUAUAGUAAGGUCCACGUUAUAAUGACAGUGUUUGAUUAACAAUGGUAUUGCUAUCCUUGUCUAUCAUUCAACAAAGCAGAAAGCGCUAUCUCUUUCUCGCUUUGCUCUGUUGCCAGAUUGUCUUUCAACAUUAUAGAAUUCAUCUUAAUAAUUAUGAAAAUUCAUUAUGAAAUUAUUGGAAAAUAUAAUUUCUUGCAUAAUAAAAUAUAUUUGAUUAUUUUAAAUGAGAAUGAACAGUUAAUAUUACAUCAAUAAACCUGUAUUAGCUACCGUCUAUAGAAGGCAUUGCCACGACUGAGGAUCGGCAACGUAUGUUCUCCUAUUUUUCAUCACUGCCAUUAUAACGUGGACCUCACUAUAUAAGAUCUAAUGGUAUUAUUUCCUUGCCAAGAAUUUAUCAUUGUCAAUAAUCCACUCAAAAGUACUGAAUAAACAUGGAUUCCCAAACAUCUGUGACAAUAGAGAUAAUAUAUAAAAACUGUGAUAUUGAGAAUAUAAUUCCUAUAAGAUCUAACGGUAUUAUUCCCUUGACAUCAAUUCUCUAUUUUUCCUUGUAAUUCAUAAGCUUCAAUACUUGAUCUAUGCUAUGUAUAUCUGUUAAGAGAAUUUGAGUCAUUAUAAUUACUUAGUACCUAUUGAUAGAAUUUCAGGUGUAUUCUCAUUUCUAUUCUGUUAGAUAAAUAACAUUAGACAUUUAACAUUAAAUAGACAUUUAGACAUUAACAUAACAUUAAAUAAAUAACAAAUAAGUUCUACUCUUUGUUUCUAGAAGUUAUCUACUCAUCUACAUAUUUAUUUCCUGUUCUGAAUAUGUAAAUUGUUUAUUUAUUCCCAUUAUAAUGUAGUGUUAGUAGGUAUGCAAUGGUUCUUGCAUGACCUGGCAAUACAUUGUCAUUUGUGAUAAAGAGUCAAUCAAUCAAUAAACGCUUUACAAAACAAUUCAACAGUUCAAGGUCCUAUUUUAUCUGAACAAAUACGGA